GGUCCCCUAAUCCCAGAGAGAGUUAGGUUAAGAGAGGUACCAAUUUCUGUCCCACCCAAGAGGCAGCGUCUGCCUCCACCCUCUGGAGCCAGGGAGAGGCCCUUGCUUUCCUUAUAGACAAGAAAGGACAGUAAGAACUCUGUCCUCUCACAGAGUAGAGUGGGGGGCCCACCUGGGGUCCCACAGGCAUAGAAGGUCAGUUAGUCUCCCUCCUGGAAGAUGCCCUGGAAGAUCCUGACGAUUCUGUUGGUGCUCUCCAGCACCCAGGUCACUAUGUCCUGCAGGUGGAGCAGGGCUGCACUGUUCCCAGCUGCCCAUCGGCCAAAGAGGUCCUUGUCACUGCCGUUGAAUCCAGUCCUGCAGACCUCCCUGGAGGAGGUGGAACUAUUGUAUGAGCUCUUGCUAGCUGAAAUUGAGAUCAGCCCAGACCUGAAGAUCUCCAUCAAGGACGAAGAGCUAGCUUCCCUUCGGAAGGCCUUGAAUUUCCACUCAAUCUGCAAUAACAUAAUCCCCAAGCGUAUCCCAGAUAUCCGAAGGCUGAGUGCCAGCCUGGCAAACCGCCCUGGAGUCCUCAAGAAAGAAGACUUUGAAAGGAUAGCAUUAACCCUGGCUUACACAGCCUAUCGAACAGCCUUAUCUGAAGGGCAUCAGAAGGACAUCUGGGCCCAAUCCCUCAUCACCCUAUUCCAGGCCCUGAGACAUGACUUGAUGCGGUCCUCAAGCUCUGGAGUGUCUUCCUGAGAGAAUGGCUCAUGCUAGGACUUUGAAGCAGGGACAGGGACACACAGUCUUCUAGAACUUUCAUUCUCUACUGCACUUGCAGAGAAAAGUUUGUAAUUCCCACACGAAAUAGCAAAGAUAAAUGAGUCACCCCAAUAUUCUUUUGUCCCUUGUUGCUUCCAGACAGACAUAUCUGACCCAUGAUAAAAUGUUACCUGUGAAAGGGCUAGACUGGACUUUCAAGAUGCCUCCAGAGGCUAACUGGUCUACCUGGUAGUGAGCAGAAGUCUGAGAUAUACUUACACAUGUACCCAACAGUAAGGACUGUGGAUGGAGUCUGGGCAUGACAAGAGGAUGGUGGGCAGAUUCCUUUGGUUCUAAGGGAUCUGUGUUGAGUGAAUAUUUUCUGGCAGGUUUUAUGAUAAAUAUAAAAAAGGCAGAGAUGCAUUCAAAUAAAUACGCUAUUAGCCAAGGAGGAUAUACUUGGUUUCCCCCAAAGCCAUGAAAAAGAAUCAGUAUUAUGGUGACACAUGUGACUUGAGUCAUCUUUUCUGAAGUUAUUCUGAGACAAGAGAAAUAGAAAGGACCAUGGAAGCACUAGCAGUCCAUCCAUACCCUGUCAUUUCAACACAGAAGCCAAGCUAAAGCAUAGUGCCCUCCUAAUGAAAGAGGUGAUACCACUAUGUUUGUUUGUCCUAAAAUACCAUAGCAUUGUCAGCGAUUUGGGUGCUCUUGAAAAAAUCGCUUUCAGAUGACAGAUUGUUUACCUUUCAAAUGCUGAAUUUUUUUUUUUUGCUUUCAAAAUGUUAGUUUGAUACCUGUUCAUUAUUUAUAUUAAAUACUGGUUGAUAUUU